AUGCACGAUGAUGAUUACCCUACAGAUCAAUACUCUAGAUGGGACCCACGGGGAUGGUCCUUGAUGAAGAAGGUUUUCCUAGCGGUUGGCAUUAUCGUUGUGAUUGUGGCAGUCGUCGUUGGGGCGGUUCUAGGAGUGCGAGCCAAUCGGUACCCCAAGUACUCAAAACUGAACUACAGUUUGAAAGAUGAAUUUUCGGGACCGUCCUUUUUUGACAACUUUGAAUAUUUUACUGGCGCCGACCCUACUCAUGGAUUCGUUCAGUAUAUAGACCGAGCUGCAGCCACAUGGCUGAAUCUAACAUCCGCCACGGAUACCUCCGCGGUGCUCAAGGUGGACACGACAUUUAGUGGUUCGGAGGCGGCUAGUGGACGCCAAUCUGUUCGAGUUACGUCCAAAAACACCUAUGCUGAUGGGCUGUUCAUUUUCGAUGUUAUCCACACCCCGUAUGGAUGUGGUACAUGGCCAGCCCUGUGGCUAACAGACCCGAGCAACUGGCCGGAGCACGGAGAAAUUGAUGUCGUGGAAGCUGCCAACGCUGGAACGUUUGGAACUCAGUCGACGCUUCACACGUCGAAAGGCUGCUCCAUGGGCGUUAAGCGGAAAGAAAGUGGCAGUGUGGAUCAAAAGGACUGCUAUAAUGAGGCCAAUGAUAACUCGGGAUGUGGUGUGAAAGGCACUAAGAGUUCUUAUGGUCCUGAGUUCAAUAGCAAGGGUGGCGGAGUUUAUGCAAUGGAACUCCGUGAGGCCGGUAUUCGCGUAUGGCAAUGGGCCCGCUCACAGAUCCCGUCCGACGUCACCUCGGGCAGUCCCGACCCAUCUACCUGGGGCCAGGCAUUCGCAGACUUCCCUAGCACGCAUUGCGAUAUCGGUUCUCAUUUUAAGAACCAGAGCAUUAUCAUCAAUAUCUCCCUGUGUGGGGACUGGGCCGGAGCGAACAAGUAUUACAAGACACAAAGUAGUUGUCCUGGCAACUGCGCCACAUUCGUGCGGGACAACGCGACUAGUUUUAGGACAGCGUACUGGGAGUUUGGUGGCUUUAAGGUCUAUCAGACCUCGUGA